GCGGUGGGAACCGAUUCGGUUUGGAGUUUUGGUGACCCGCUCAGACCUCAGUGCUCACUCCUCAGAUAUCGUUCGUUUACGCCGCACUUCCCCGGACGUAUUGUCAUUUCGUCGCGUAGGAUGCGAUUUGUUCCUCUCCGGAUCAUCACGACCAGCCGCCUCGCACCUAAGUACGCCCGACACGUCUAGAGAACUAAAGUGACUUUUUCCGCCACAGUUAUGGAUACGUGGCACAGGAUGCGGCCGAAGCUGUACUCCACUUGUUUGUUUUUCUUGGCCUUGGAUUGUUCAGUAAUAUUGGGUUCCACCGAGGUCGAAAACCAUUUGGAUAUGGGACGCGAGUUCCUGGCCCGUGGACAACUCCAAGAUGCCUUAUCCCAUUAUCACGCCGCUGUAGAGGGUGAUCCAAACAAUUAUUUAACUUAUUUUAAAAGAGGUACAGUUUAUUUAGCCCUUGGAAAAGCUAAAUUUGCUUUAUUAGAUUUUAGCAAGGUUCUAGAACUCAAACCAGAUUUUACAGCUGCACGUUAUCAAAGAGGUGUAGUACUGAUGAAACAAGCUUCGAUAGAAGAUGCAAGAAAAGAUCUGUACAAUGUGGAAGACUUGAAUUUAAAGGAAAAAUUUAUUCAAGUCAUCAACACUUUACAGUACGAUCAAUUCUGGAUGAAAUAUGUUUGUUCAAGUAAAUACCCAGAACUAAAACACCUGGUUUCAAAACUGUACAAUGUUUGGAUCAACAUAUCUGUUAGAGAUUUUGAGCAUGCACUUCAUAUCGAUCGAGAGCAUAGACCAGCAAAUGAAGGACUAAAAAAAGCAAAAAACUUACAAAAACAAGCUGAAAGAAAAGAUUAUUAUAAGAUAUUAAAUGUAAAAAGAACUGCCACCAAACAAGAGAUAAUUAAAGCCUAUAGAAAAGCUGCUCAACAAUGGCAUCCAGAUAAUUUCCAAGGUGAAGCUAAAAAAAAUGCAGAGAAAAAGUUCAUUGAAAUAGCUUCUGCCAAAGAAGUUCUGACUAAUCCAGAAAAACGGGAACAAUUUGACCGAGGUAUUGAUCCACUAGAUCCUGAGUCAGGACGUCAUCACCAAGACGGUUUCAAUCCAUUUCAACAGUUCCAUCAAUUCCAUGGGAGCCCUUUUACAUUUAAAUUUAACUUUAACUAAUUCAUACUAUGGUAUAAAAAUAAACAUAGGUGCCAUAAUGAGUUUAGUUAUUGUUCCAUUAUCUAGGGUUCAAAAGGCUGUGUCUGGUAAAGUGUAAAUAGAGUACCUAAUGAAUAAAAAAUUUCAUUGUGUAUAACAAAAAUCGUAUAUUAAUAUAUUGUACAUAGUAAAUUAUAAACAAUAACAUCUAAAUGCAAUUGUAACAUGGUAACUUAUGAUAUAUUUGAGUCUUGUAAAUAAAAUAGUUAAACUGA